AUGCUCGACGAAAGAAUAACCAUGCCUUCAGAAUUGUAUAACUACUGCAGUCCUCAACAAGAUUUUGUCCACCAAAUGGAAUUUAUUAACGAUGUAAGGCAAUUAAAAAUCGAAUCUGUCCGUCUAGACACAUUUCACUGCUGGUCAAUUAUGUGUCCCGUUCGGCCUGAAGAACUGGCCCGUCAAGGUUUUUACUUUACAGGUACCGACGAUUCGGUCAAAUGUUUUUGUUGUCAUGGUCAGUUGAACACAUGGACAGCCGGAGAUGUUGUCUCUACAGAGCACAGUAAAUGGUACCCCGACUGCCCUUUCAUUCAGGGAAAAUACUGUGGUAAUGUACCCAUGAUGAGGACCCACAUCAAGCAUCCACCUUACAUUAUGUUUUACGACCGAAUGGAAAGUUUUCGAGAGUGGCACACGGCAAACAAUUUAUCAGCAGACAGAAUGGCUAGUGCAGGAUUUUUCCAAAUAGCUCCAUUUGAUCAUGUGAAGUGCUUCAGCUGUGGCAUUCGUCUCAAUAAAUGGCUACCAGAAAAUGACCCCUGGGAAGAACACAAGAAAUAUUCUCCUAACUGUCCUUUCCUUCUUGAACGAUAUAAAUAUUAUUUGGGCAAUGAUACGACAUCAGAGAUUGUCUCAUUUGAAAACCUUCAUAUUGGCAACAGUGAGAACUCCAAAAUGGUUUCACAGGAAGAAACUCAGUUCCAUUUUCCACAGCAGGAAACUGUCCCUUUUCAACAGGAUAGUCCGCAGCCCCACAAUAAUGACUACAUCCUACAUGCUUUUGCAAUGGUUGGUCAUGAACCCGAACCUUUGCAAUCAAGUGCCACCCUCCAGCCAAAAGCAGAAGCUAGCAAAGAGCGCUUAGAUAAUCUUGACAUGUUAGGCCCCGAGGAGUUGAAGCAAAUAAUCCUGGAGCAAGAAGAUGAACGGCUGUGUAGCAGUUUGAGGAAGGAGUUAUUUAUAUAUAUAUUUGUCUCUCUCACUACUUUCCUCAAGAUAUCAGUCUUCCAUGGAGCAGAAAGUAGGCUUUUGGUUUGA